GUGAAGUGAAGCCGCUCGAUAGCUCUUUAAUUUCUUCUUCUCUCGAUCAGCUUCCGGCCAUGGCGGGCUGCACCGAGCUCCUGUGCAGGGCCAAGCCCUACGUAGCCAUGAUCUCCCUCCAAUUUGGCUACGCCGGCAUGAACAUCAUCACCAAGGUCUCCCUCACCAACGGCAUGAGCCACUACGUCCUCGUCGUCUACCGCCACGCCUUCGCCACACUCUCCAUCGCUCCUUUCGCUCUCAUUCUCGAGCGGAAGGUGAGGCCGGCGAUGACCAAGUGGGUGUUUUUGCAGAUUUUCGUACUGGGAUUGCUCGGGCCUGUGAUAGACCAAAAUCUUUACUACCUUGGUCUGAAGCUCACCUCUCCUACCUUCUCAUGCGCCAUGAGCAACAUCUUGCCGGCCAUGACCUUCGUGAUCGCAUUGCUUUGCAGGAUGGAGAAGGUGAACUUAAAGAAGGUGAUGUACCAGGCAAAGGUGGUCGGAACUCUCGUCACAGUAGCCGGAGCCAUGGUGAUGACACUCUACAAAGGACCCAUUCUGGAGAUGGUUUGGAGCCAGCACGGCAAUUCUGGUGCAUCCAACUCCCAGCCGACAGCCGAAUCAAGCAGCAAGGAAUGGCUUCUGGGUUCCAUCUUUCUCAUCCUCGCCACCUUAGCUUGGGCGUCUCUGUUUGUCCUUCAGGCAGUGACACUGAAGCAGUACUCUGCCCAGCUCUCCCUCACGACAUGGAUAUGCUUCGUGGGGACGCUGCAAGCUAUAGCCGUCACCCUCGUGAUGGAGCACGAGCCCUCUGUUUGGAGCAUAGGAUUCGAUAUGAACCUGCUUGCUGCUGCCUACGCUGGGAUCGUCACCUCCAGCGUUGCUUAUUAUGUUCAAGGGCUGGUGAUAGAGAAGAGAGGCCCUGUGUUUGCAUCGGCAUUCAGCCCUCUGAUGAUGAUCAUAGUUGCCAUCCUGGGCUCCUUCAUCCUCAAUGAGAAAAUCUAUCUCGGAGGGGUUGUUGGGGGAGUCUUGAUUGUUCUGGGGCUCUACUCAGUUCUGUGGGGGAAGUACAAGGAGAACAAGGAGAAGAGAGAGAUGGAGGCGAUGUCUCUGCCCUUGGCCUUGCAGGAAAGCAGAGGAUGUCAGCGUGCUAACCGUGACAUAGAAACGAGUACUGGAGUGUAGUUUUGUGCUUCGAAGGAGAUAAUAAGAGAGAGAGAGAGAGAGAGAGAGAGAGAGAGAGAGAGAGAGGAAGAUGUGUUUGAGAGUAGUGCGAUAGUGAGUGGGUGUAGCAUUUUCUAAGGACAAAAUAAGAGCAGAAGGAUUGCACCAUUUAUAUUUUGUUUUGAUUUUGGAAAAUGGCUUCGUGUAACUUGAACUCUGAGGUAAAUGACAUUGA